CUAGCCGGCGCUCAAGCGGCGGCGUGCGAGGCGGCGGCGGCAUGGCGGGCAGGCGGGUGAAUGUGAAUGUGGGCGUGCUGGGUCACAUAGACAGCGGCAAGACAGCGCUGGCGCGCGCCCUGAGCACUACGGCCUCUACCGCCGCCUUCGACAAGCAGCCGCAGAGCCGCGAGCGCGGCAUAACGCUCGACCUGGGCUUCUCCUGUUUCGUUGUGCCGUUGCCGGGGGCUGAACCCGGGACCGACGACUUGCAGCUGCAAGUCACGCUGGUCGACUGCCCCGGGCACGCCUCCCUCAUCCGGACCAUCAUUGGCGGUGCUCAGAUCAUUGAUCUGAUGAUGCUCGUGAUUGAUGUGACCAAGGGAAUGCAGACACAGUCCGCAGAGUGCCUUGUGAUUGGUCAGAUCGCCUGCCAGAAGCUGGUUGUGGUGCUGAACAAGAUAGACCUGUUAGCAGAAGGGAAGAGGCAGGCAGCGAUUGACAAAAUGACCAAGAAAAUGCAGAAGACUCUUGAGAACACCAAAUUCCGGGGUGCACCGGUUAUUCCUGUGGCAGCCAAGCCUGGAGGACCAGAGGCCCCUGAAACAGAAGCCCCACAGGGCAUCUCAGAACUCAUUGAGCUCCUGAAGUCCCAGAUUUCCAUCCCAGCAAGAGACCCCUCGGGACCGUUCCUUAUGUCUGUGGACCACUGCUUCUCCAUCAAGGGUCAGGGCACCGUGAUGACUGGAACCAUCCUUUCAGGCACUAUUAGCCUCGGGGACAGUGUGGAGAUCCCUGCCCUCAAGGUGGUGAAGAAAGUGAAGUCCAUGCAGAUGUUUCACACACCAGUCACCUCUGCUGUGCAAGGAGAUCGACUGGGCAUCUGUGUCACCCAGUUUGACCCCAAGCUGCUGGAACGUGGGCUGGUAUGUGCACCUGAGUCUCUGCACACCAUUCACGCAGCCCUCAUCUCUGUGGAAAAGAUCCCUUACUUUCGGGGCCCCCUGCAGACUAAAGCCAAGUUCCAUAUCACAGUGGGCCAUGAGACAGUCAUGGGCCGCAUGCUGUUCUUUAGCCCUGCUCCCGACAGCUUUGACCUGGAGCCCAAACUUGAUUUCUUCGACCUCUCCCGAGAAUACCUCUUCCAAGAGCAGUACCUGUGCAAAGACUCCAUGCCCACAGCCACAGAAGGUGGUGAUGAGGUGGACAUGAAAGCAGGCCACACCCCAGGGGGCCAGUGCCCCAGGCAACAAUGGGCCCUGGUGGAGUUUGAGAAGCCAGUUACCUGUCCCCGACUAUGCUUGGUGAUUGGCUCCAGGCUGGAUGCUGACAUUCAUACCAACACAUGCCGGCUGGCCUUCCAUGGUGUCUUGCUACAAGGACUGGAAGAUAAGAACUACACAGAGAGCUUCCUGCCAGCACUGAGGGUAUACAAGCUGAAACACAAGCAUGGUCUUGUGGAGCGGGUAAUGGAUGACUACAGUGUGAUUGGACGCUCCCUGUUCAAAAAGGAGACCAACAUCCAGCUCUUUGUGGGGCUUAAGGUGCAGCUGUCCACAGGGGAGCAGGGCAUCAUCGAUAGUGCCUUCGGCCAGAGUGGCAAGUUCAAGAUCCACAUUCCUGGUGGCCUCAGCCCUGAGUCUAAGAAGAUUCUGACGCCUACACUCAAGAAGCGGAACCGAGCUGGCCGUGGGGAGACCACUAAGCAAGAGGAGGGCACCGAACGGCCAGAGCCCAUGCAGCCUGUGACACUCAGUCUGUCUUUCAAGCGCUAUGUCUUUGACACCCAGAAGCGCAUGGUACAGACUCCCUAAGUGAACCAGCCCCCCAAGGCCUCCUGCCCAGCUGCAAGCCAGACUACAGUGCCAGAUGCCCCCUGACGUGCCUCAAUCUCCCCAAUCCUGCGGGCAGCCCCAUUUUACUGCUAUCCCCACUGAUGAUGAGUCCCACUAAGAAAACCUGCCAUCCCUUCACCCUCCCAGGAUAACAGCUAGGUCCAGCUAGGAAAGGGCCUUAGCAGAACCAGCAACCUGGGCAUCACAGGCUUCCCCAGUUAGGGUGUCUGCAGCCAAUGUCAGCCCUAUCCCAAGUAGCUGGCACCCUGCAACUGGAAAUAAACAUCCCGUAUGUGACCUA